CUCCUUUGAGUCUUUCCAUCUGUGAAUCCGUGUAUUCGAGUCAGUUCUGGUUUAUCUGCAAGAUGCUCCAAGAGCAGCCAGUUGUGUUGUCCUUUCGGCGUAACUCAUUUAGACGCCGGUCCAUGAAAACGGGUGUUGACAGAGACGACAGGGGCUGGACUCAGCUCCACAUCAAAGCUUGUAAAGGCGAUCUCAGAGCUGUUAAAGAGCUUCUUGACCAAGGAGCUGACGUGAACGCUUUAGCGUGUGGGCCUAAAUCAAAAGGAAUGACUCCUCUUCACCUUGCAGCCAAAGGAGGUCACAUCGAAGUCAUGGACUUGCUUCUUGAACGUGGAGCCAAUAUUGAAGCUAGAACCUGGGGUUCUUGCGGCUGGACUCCUCUCCAUGCUGCAGCUAAAGAACGGAAGAGAGAAGCUGUCAAGUUUCUUGUGGAGAAUGGAGCUUUCUUACCCGAUGAUAUAACUGACUGUAGAUUCAACCCGCCGGUUCAGUACUGUCACGGCUUGGAAUGGGCUUACGAGGAGAGGAAGAAACUCAGUGGAGAGACUUCUUCUUCAUCUUGUGGAGACACUUCUUGCAGUUCUGAGAAUUGAUUCAUGUUUCUUGCAGUAGCCCCUGCUGUCUCAAACACUCUUAUGUGUGAUAUCUUGAACCGUUGAUUUGGUUGAUUGGUUUGAGAUGUAAACCAUCACCUGUUUUUUUAUCUCGCUUUUGGUUUGAAUAUGUACUAUCCGGGUUUGAUGCCGUUUGCUCAUAAAUUGAAGAAAACACA